ACAUCUUCUUCAUUCACGAAUUCGAAUCUUUCACUCUUAAGCUAGGGUCGAUCUCUGUUCUGUAUCUUUAAAACCUUAAUAUUUGUUGGUGAUCAAGCAUUGUGAACCAGACGACACCCUCAAGCAAAACAGCAAAAUUAGCCAUGGCCGGAGAUGGGAAAAAACUGCAUGUAGCAAUGUUCCCAUGGCUAGCUUUCGGUCACAUGAUCCCAUUCCUUGACUUAGCCAAAUUCAUAGCCCAAAAGGGACACAAAAUCUCCUACCUCUCCACCCCUAGAAACCUCACCCGCUUGCCAAAACUCCCUCCUCAUCUCAACUCUCUCAUCACUUUCGUCCCCAUCUCUCUCCCCCGCGUUGACCAGCUCCCGGAAAAUGCCGAAGCCACCAUGGACGUGCACCCCGACGACGUCCACUACCUCAAAAAGGCCUUCGACGGUCUCGAGACGGAGUUGGCUCGGUUCCUCGAAACCGAGUCUCCUGACUGGAUCAUUUACGAUUUUGCCCCUCAUUGGUUGCCCCCGAUCGCGGGCAAACUCGGUAUUUCGCGCGCCUUCUUUUCAAUUAUCAACGCCUGGUUCCUCGCAUUCUUCGGCCCGUCGGCGGCGAUGCUCGACAAUUCUGUCCUGCAGCUGACGGAUCCGGAGCAAUUCUUAGUGCCACCCAAGUGGAUCACGUUUCCUACUAAAGCAGCUUAUCGCGCCUACGAGAUAAAGCGAACGUUCAAAACUGGCUCAGAACCCCAGAAUGCUUCUGGGAUUGAGGAUUUUUAUCGUGUCGGGUGCAUUAUCACCGGCUGCGAUGCACUGGCGAUCAGACACUGCAGAGAGUUUGAACCCAAUUGGUUGACCCUACUGGAAGAGCUCCACGGGAAACCGAUUAUUCCGUUGGGAUUAAUGCCACCUUUGGUGGAAGAAUCGAGCAGCGACGACUCAAAGAAUGACACGUGGGUUUCAAUCAGUGAGUGGCUAAAUAAGCAAACCAUUGGGUAUGUAGUUUAUGUAGCUCUCGGGAGCGAGGUUGCGCUGAGUCCGGACGAACUCACUGAAUUGGCUCUUGGGCUGGAGCUCUCUCGUUUGCCCUUUUUCUGGGUGCUGAGGAAGCCAUCCGGGUCGACCGAGGCAGACUCGUUCAUGUUGCCAGACGGGUUCGAGGAGCGAACGAAACAUCGCGGAAUUGUGUGGAAGAAUUGGGCGCCUCAACUCAGGAUUCUGAAUCAUGACUCAGUUGGAGGAUUCUUAACUCACUGUGGGUGGAGUUCAAUCGUAGAGGGAGUCCGAUUUGGGUUGCCACUUAUUAUGCUUCCCCUUGUGUUGGAUCAAGGUUUAAAUGCAAGGUUAAUGGAAGAGCAUAAGGUUGGGAUUGAGGUACCAAGAGAUGAGGCGGACGGGUUGUUUACGAGGAACUCAGUGGCCGAGUCGAUCACGUUGGUUAUGGUGGCUAAGGAAAAGGGUAGCAUUUACAGGGAGAGAGCAAAAGAGAUGAGUUCAUUGUUUAGUGACAAACUCCUGCAUGAUCAGUAUUUGGAUAACUUUGUCCAGUAUCUUGAAAACCAUAGGGGCUGAGAUUGAGUUCUGUUGUGUAUUGAAAUUCAUAAUGAUAUAACAAUUUAUGCAUAAAGUGCUGUGAUGUUGCAAUUUAAGGAGGUAAAUCCUUUUGGAAAUUUUCAGGUGAAUAAGGUGGGUAUUCGGAGGGUCUACCGAAACAACCGAACAGACCCUCUUUGGUUCAUUGUAUCUGAACGAAGCACCUCAAAGGUCUAAUAAUAGUUGUCGCUUCUUAAGAACCCCCUGAUGUUAGGUUUAUUACAGCACUUUAUUCCAGCGAUUUUUCCUCCAAUUGAAUGAACCAGCAGCUUAAGGGUCUCACCUUGGUGAAUAUAUUGAUCGUUCCCAUUUCGGUGUUGGGCAAGUACAACUUGAUGGUCACGUAGUUUUAGAUUCCAUCAAGUCGUAAUUAGAUAUUGUUCUUCUGUGAGAGAGAGGCAGAUAGAGUUUAGUUCGCCAAGGCAACUUAUAGUGGUAUUUUAUAUGUAGUGGUUCUAGCCGGUGCAACCUCCGCACCUCUGUUUGCGGCGAAUUUGUUUCAAAGAAACUGUGUGAAAGAUAGGAUUCAGUUCGCUUUAUGUGUUCCAUUCUGUUUAUGUAUUUUGUAGUUACAGUUUGUAUUAUCAAUAUCAAUUAAACUGUUCGCUGGAAA